AUGGAAGAUUAAUAUUAAGAUAUAAAUAAAAAAUUAGAUGAACUUUAAUUGGAAAGUUAAGAAAUACUUGAAAUAAAAAAUGAAGGAAAUUAAAUUCCUUAAAUAAUUGAUGAAGAUUACGAAAUUGCUAUAAAAUUGGGUAUAAAUUUUGUUAAUCAUAGUCUAUUCAACUUUGACAAAAAAAUAAAGGGAAUUUUAUAAUUUGAUAACUGAAAUGGAAUAUAAAAAAGUUAUAGCAGCUCUUAAAACAUAAAAUUAUUCUAGAUUAAAACCACAUGUUUGGUUAAAUGAUGAAGUAAUUAGAAUAAAUAUUUGGUUAGAUUAUAAAUAAUUUUACUAAAUUAUUAGACUUCAAUAAUGGUACUGUUAUCCUUAACUCUUAUUAGUUUGAUUUAUUAAUCAAAGCUGAUGAUACUAAAUUUAAAAGAAUAGUUUAAAGAGCUAAGAUAGAUUAAAAUACAAAAUAAAUUUUAGCUCCUUUUAAUUAAAAUAAUGUACAUUGGUAUACUUUUUAAAUUGACUUCGAAUAAUAUGUUAUAACUAUAUAUGAUAGUAUGACAAGAAGUAAUUAUCCUUAAUUGUUCCAAGAACUUCUUGGACUUGCAUAGAGAAUAAAGAAUAAUGAAUAUGAACUAAAGGUUGGUAAUUGUCCUCAAUAAAGCAACACUCAUGAUUGUGGAGUUUUUACUUUAAAAAAUAUAUGGAUUUUAUCAAAAUACCCAAAAGCAAAGUUAAAAAGUUUUUAUGACUAAUCAACGAUAUUCUACGAUAGAAUACAAAUAUGUCAUUCAUUAUUGCAGUAAAAAAUUGAUAAAGUUUGA